GCCCCCGCUGAGCCCCAGACGGAACGCUGCCGCUGCAGGGGACUGUUUCCGGCCGGACGCGCGCUCCUUCCGCCAGUGAGAGCCCGCCCUUCCGCUCCCAGCUCCCGCCCGCAGUUCAAACUGGGAAGAUGGCGGGGGCUCCUGUGGUAGUCCCUUCCCCUCCGCGGGACGUGGAGGGGGCGACCGGGGCGGACGACGGGGACUCGGCCGCCGCCACCUCCCGAGAGGACUUCCGGGUGCGCUGCACCUCGAAGCGGGCCGUGGCGGAAAUGCUAGAGCUGUGCGGCCGCUUUGUGGAAAAGCUCGGGGACACGCUGCCAGAGGAGAUUCGGGAGCCCGCGCUGCGAGAUGUGCAGUGGACUUUUGAAUCAGCUGUGCAAGAGAACGUCAGCAUUAAUGGACAAGCAUGGCAGGAAGCUUCAGAUAGUUUUAUGGAUUCUGAUAUCAAAAUACUUGAAGAUCAGUUUGAUGAAAUCAUAGUAGAUAUAGCCACAAAACGUAAGCAGUAUCCUAGAAAGAUCCUUGAAUGUGUCGUCAAAACCAUAAAAGCAAAACAAGAAAUUCUGAAGCAGUACUACCCUGUUGUACAUCCAAUGGACCUCAAAUAUGACCCUGAUCCAGAUUGUAUUAAUUUGUUUAUCAGAAAGAGUGAGAGCACACAUGUGCACGUGCAAGCCAGGGAAGAGCUAAUGGAGAGGGACAAGCACAUUCCAUGCUGAGCACAGAGCCCGAAGUGGAACUCAGUCCUGCAACCCUGAGACCAUGACCUGAGCUGAAAUCAAGACUCAGGUGUUUAACUGAUUGAGACACCCUGGUGCACCCCGCCUCCCUUUUUUAAGUACCAUUUCUGAACUUUUAGAAAAACAGUUAAAACCUUGAUUUGUUUGUAUGGUCUACUUAUACUUAUGGUUUUGUGUACUUUAUCUUUGUCAAAUUGUGCACUACUUUCUAACAUGUCCCCUGCCCCUCCUAAAUCUCCCACGGCCAAUAGGGAUAAACCAAGAGGGGGAUGUACAAGUGUAUAGAUACUCAGAAAUUUGUUAAAAUCACAGCAUUCACUCUGUUUGACAAAUAAAAAUUGACCUAGGCCCACUAAAAAGGGGAAGUUGCCAAAAUGCAGUAGUUGACAUAGACUUGUUUUGAUUUUGAGCAAUAUGAAGAUAACAGUUGAAACUUGUGGUAUCAUAAUUACCCAAGUAUUACUUUUCUUUUCUUUCUUUCUUUUUUUGUGUGUGUAAACUCUAUACCCAGUGUGGGGCAUGAAUUCAUGAUCCAGAGAUCAAGAGUCACAUGCUCUACAACUGAGACAGCCAGGCGCCCCUGCCUCAAGUAUUACUUUUUAGGUAUAAUUAUCCUCUAAAGAAACUUGUAAACUUUUGAGUCUUAGGAGGGAAAACAAAUUUACUUUAAUGAUCUUUAAGGUCCCCUCUCUCUCUUUCAAAUAAAUAAAUAAACUAAAAAAAAAAAUAACCUUUUGGUAAAUGCUAUCUCAUUUACAACAACAUCCCUUAUAAUACUGCUUAACUUGUAAUACAUCUAACUGAUAAAAUCAUACAAAAUUAACUAAAGUGGCUUAGAAAAAUAGAAAGCAUACAUUUGUAUGGAACCUAAAAGUCUGAAUAAUCUGCAUGGGAAAGUUUUUGUGGGAACUUCUUGAAAAUUUUUUCUUAUUAGAAUAUUAAGUGAUAUCAAAUUUAUUUGAAAGCUGACAUUUUUAAAAGAAGUUUUUCUGGUUUUCAAAAAGCAAUACUUAGUCAAUGUGUGUAACAUUAAUUUGGCAGUCACAUUAAGUACUUUGAGGUAUACGUAGUUAAAGUAGACAGAUUCUCCUAUGAAGAGCUUAUGUUUGAGUGUAAGAGAUGAACAUAAAACAAUUCUUUCAUGCCCUUAACUGGUUCUUUUCCCAGUUUUCCCUGAGUAAAUGGUACCUUCAUCUGCAUUUUUGCCUUGGUUAGAAGUCAGCCUUUCCUUCCCUGAACUCUUCAUAUCCAGUCCAUCAAUAAACUACAAAUGAUUCCUUUGAAAAUCUCACGUUCAUCUGUUUCUCUCCAUCCUGCUAUUAUCACUUCUAAUCUAGGUCAUCAUCAUUUUAGUCAGGAUUUCUGCACAUACUUUCUAGAAGGCCUUCCUGGUUCACUCUUGUUUUUUCCCCAUUCCAUUGUAUAUGUAUAUUGGGCAGAGUUGAUUUUUUAAAAGUUCUUUGAAAUAUUUCAAGCAUAUAGAAAAUAUGGAGUAUAACAUAAUGGACAUCUUUGUUGCUACCACCCAUGUUUAAGGGCUAUUCACAUUUUUGCCAAAUCUGUUUCAGACCUUUUUAGGAACCUGUGGAUGCACUUGAAAACUUCUCUGUACUCUUUUACUAUUCUAUUCUAUUCUCUCUUACUGCAGAAGUAAUCACUAUCUUCAAGCUGAGUGGAUUCUUACUGUCCAUGUUACUUUUACUCUAUAGACAUGUAACCAGAAAUAAUGUAUGGCAUUCAUUGUUUAGAUUUUUAUAUAAAUUGUAUCAUACCGAUCAUAUUCUGCAACUUUUCCCCCCUUGACACUGUAUAUACACAAAGCUUUCUGUGCAUCGAGCUAAUAUAGAGUAUUCCAGAAUAUGAAUAAACCACUGUUUAUCCAUUC